UGCAUUUUGCACUUUUGCAGGUUAGAUUCCCCGCUUUUGCGUUGGCUUCAUAGCGUUACAUCGAGUUUUAUUUAAUUAUUUAGCUCUUUUCCUCGUGGGAAAGUUUCCCAUCUCCAUUCCAGGUGUCAGUGAACGCGUUGGAUUACUAACUUCGCCCCAGCAAGUGUAAAUUUUUUCGUUUUACUUUAAAUUCUCAAUACGCACCUCGAGAGAGCCGUUCGUGAGCGGCAUUCCUAUCAAUCCUUUAUCAAUUAUCAGCUGAUAACUAGAUGUUCAGAUAGGCGUGUUUUGAAAUUUCCUCUCUUUUCCGAGUAAUUUGGCUCUUCUAUCUCAUCUCCCUAACUUUCGUUACGAGUGUGUGUCUAAGGAUGGCCCCCACUGACCAAACAGGACAAAAUAGUCACUCCAACAGCUUUGAGCACUUGUUUUCAUCGAAAGCCAAUGACAGCAUUGCUGUCCACAAGUACAGGUCUUCGAAGACAGGACUCACUGUUGUCAUUGCAGAUGUUGAUGGGCCUGUGGUCAAUGGAUACUUUUGCCUUGCAACGGAGGCGUUCGAUGAUGAUGGAUUACCGCACACUUUGGAGCAUCUGAUAUUCUUGGGCAGUGAAGAAUACCCAUACAAAGGCGUUCUUGAUCUCCUAGCCAACCGAUGUCUUGCCUCAGGAACCAAUGCCUGGACAGACACGGACCAUACUUGCUACACCAUGACAACAGCAGGAAGCGAAGGCUUCCUCUCAUUAAUGCCGGUGUACCUCGAUCAUAUACUUUAUCCAACUCUGACGGAUUCAGGGUUUUUGACAGAGGUGCAUCACGUAACUGGUGAAGGCAGGGAUGCAGGAGUGGUCUACUGUGAAAUGCAAGGCAGGGAGAAUACCGGUGAAUCUCUAGUCUAUCUAAAAUUGAUGCGAGAACUCUACCCUGGCAAGUGCGGUUACAAAUCGGAGACAGGUGGAAUCAUGAAAAAUCUCAGAGAAUCAUGCAACAAUACGAAAGUCAGAGAUUUUCACAAGAAAUUCUACCGAGCUGAAAACUUGCGCCUCAUCAUCACUGGCCAAGUCUCAGCUCAACAAGUCUUUGAUGCUUUGGCGCCUAUUGAACAGAAAAUCCUACUUAAAGCCCAUCAGACACCACAAGCUCCUUUCAAAAGACCCUGGCAAGAUCCUGUGCCCCCUCUAACAGAAUCUACUGAGAAUUUGGUCUUGUACCCAUGCGAUGAUGAGGAAAAUGGCAUGGUAUAUGUCGGAUGGAGAGGCCCAUCUGCUUCAACCGAUAUUUACAAACUGACCUGCUGUUCUGUGCUAUUGAAGUACCUGACCGAUACUGCUGUCAGCCCCCUCUCCCAACACUUUGUCGAGAUUGAUGACUCUUAUUGUAGUAAUGUGUGUUAUUCUAUCGUUGAAAAUUCAGAAUCAGCAUUCCUCCUGCAGUUUGAAAACGUGCCGGUGCCCAAACUUGACGCUGUUUACCCGAAACUGAAAUCUGUCUUGCAUGACAUCAGUCAUGGUGUGGAAAAAAUCGACAUGAAGCGGUUCCAUUCUGUGAUUCAUCGGCACAAGCUUGAGUGUCUUAGUUUCCUGGAAACAAACCCUCAUCCUGCCGUAGCUUUUAUCGUGAUUAAUGACAUGUUGUAUGGGAACACGAAAGAAGACCUUGACCUCCGAUUGAAUCAAAUAUCGCAGCUAGACAAGAUGAAGAAUGAGCCUCUAGAAUUUUGGGAGAGUCUUCUCAAGAAAUAUUUUGUUGACGCUCUUCAUGUUCUGGUGAAAGGCAAACCAAGCACAGCAGAAUUAAAACGAAUGAUGACGGAAGAGAAAGAGAGGAUCUCAAAGCAAAGAACUCAAAUUGGGGACGAAGGUCUUAAACAAAAAGAGCGCGAGCUAGAAGCUGCCAUGGCUCAGAAUGAGAUUCCUCCUCCCAACGAUAUGCUUGUCAAAGUUCCGAUUCCAUCAACGGAUUCCAUCAAAUACCAUUCCAUCCACAGUUAUUCUGCCGAUCCAGAUAGUCCACAGCACCCUCUAUUUAAUGCCUCAAAAGCUCCUAUUUACAUGAAUGUUGAUGACCUACGAACCAAUUUUGUUUAUAUGGCCAUCCUGAUGGAUAGUAGUUCGCUCCCUCAAGAACUCCGUUCCUAUCUGCUCAUACUCACUGAGUGUCUUUUGGAGAGCCCUAUCAACAGAGAUGGGAAUAUGAUUUCUUAUGAAGAUGUAGUGACCCAACUAGAGUCAGACACCGUUCAGACUGAAAUCAAUGUAGGACUGGAACGAAUGCCAAGAUUCACGUGUGGUCCGUACUCGGAGACUCUUCGCUUAUUUGUUCAGCUUGAGCCCGAAAAGUUUGAAAAAGGAGUUAACUGGAUCCGUGAAAUUUUAUACCAAACAGUAUUCACUGCUGAACGAAUCAAAAUAAUUGCUACGAAAAUCAUUAAUGACGUUUUUGCCAUCAAACGUUGCGGAAACUCUAUGGUUCGAAAUUUAAUGAAAGGCCUUUUUUUCAAGAAAAGUAGUAAUCACUAUGCGUUCAGUGUUCUUCAACAGCAUAAGUUUCUGACUAAGUUAUUAGAACGGUUAAGUGCAGACCCAGAAAAAGUAAUUUCAGAGUUCAAUGCUGUCAGGGAAGUUAUUACCACACCCUGCAACAUGGCCAUUCAUCUUUCGGCGAACAUCGGAAAUCUCUGUGAAUUGCACCCUGAUGCAGUUUCAACUCUUGCCAGACUCCUGCCUGAUACUCAAACACCCGUCAAAAACCCGCUGCACGUUACUCCGGAUUGGAAGUUGCUCUCAUCCGAAGAAGAAAGACCUGUGUCUGGUUGCGUCGUCGGGAUGGGGUCUGUUGAAUCAAAUUUCUUCCUACAGUCCACACCUGCCAUCAAAGAGUUUGAUCAUCCUGACCUACCUGUACUUCUUGUAUUCCUACAGUAUUUAACACAGCUAGAGGGACCUCUAUGGCGACAAAUUAGAGGCGCUGGUUUUGCCUACACAUACAGUAUGAUCCCACGGCCGAAUGAAUCCUUGCUGAAUUUAAUUUUCUUCAAAGCAUCCAAUGUUGUUGCGGCUUAUAAAACAACAAAAAAAAUUAUUGAAGAAUUGUGUCAGUCUCAGCAAUGGGAUUCAACACUCUUUGAAUCAGCAAAGAGUUCACUCAUCUUUGAAAUCAUUGAAAGGGAGAAAAAUAUUGGUGAUGUAAUUCUUCAGUCGUUACUACGAAACUUCAAGAAAGUUGCCAUGGAUUAUAACCAGAAAUUAGUGGAGAGUAUCCAAAAAGUUACCAUCGAAGACGUAAAAAAAGUCGGACCAAAAUAUGUUUUGGCAUUGUUUAACUCGCCCCUCACACGAACUGCUCUUGUCUGCAAUCCAUCCAAAGUUGAAGAAACUGCUGCCGCACUCAAAGAACUUGGCUGCAAUUUAACAACGUUUUCCUCAUUAGAAGACAGUUUUAUCAACUAGUAAUGAGACAAAAUCAGCUCAAUUUUGCUACGCUGUUCUUAAAGCUUGGCAGAAUUUUUUCCUUGCCUAUGGGAAUAUACUUAAUUGGUGACCCUACACCUUACCAAAUCAGUUUAUUUUUAUAUGAUAAUUUAGGUGGAUUAAAUUAUUCGAGUGCAUGAAAAUCAAAACUGUACUCAAGUGUGUUCCAACCAACAUCAACUAAUUACUAAGUGCUUUUUACAAUUAUUUUUAUAAAUUUUUGUCUCUGCAUGUGAUAUUAAUGAAAAUUUGGGCGUUUUCUUUGCCUUGUAAGUUUUAUAAUUAAUUGAACGUAGAAUAAAAAAGAAGAAAAUCUAA